CAGCGAUUCCAGAAGAGUAUUCACAGAGGUUCCAGAGGAUUCUCCACAAAGAUGCUCGAGGAAUCUUCAAGAGAUUCCACCGAAAUCUUCACAAAGGUUCCACUGUAGUCUCUGCAGGGAUUCCAUCGUUAUUUUCACAGAGAUUCCACAGGAAAGUCCACAAAGAUUCCACAGCUAUAUAAGUUCUCUGAACCACUCUGCAGUGUUCUGACGAAUAUUCCAUCCAGCACACAUCCAUCCUCCGAAGGGACACACGUAUCGAAUCGAAUGUAGUUGUCUACAACAAUUUACCCAGAACGAAGAAAAGAAACCGGACCAAGGCAAGCACCAGAUAAUACGUAAUUUAUGGUUCCCUUGAAGCCCUGGAUGCGCUUCGCUGCCUCGCAGAAGAUAGGAGGUAUCGUCUUCGACGAAGGUCUUCGACGUCCUCCGCAUCCACAUGUACAUAAAUAUUGGGUUGCUCAAAAUAAAUACACUAAAUCAUCACCUACUAAAGCGAAAAACGGGACGUGGACUAGACCGUGAGGUGAUGGAAGGACAAGAAGGGACGGGAUAGAAGACGAUUCAUAAAUAUUCAGAAAAGCGGACCACGGCUGUUGUUCGUUCAUGGUGAGACGCUGGCAAAAAUCAAUACCCGGUUGGUCGGAGGUUUGCAAGAGACAGACAGAUACCGAUUCCGGGCACGAUUAGAAGGAUCAUCAUCGCCCCCCUAAGCACGCGUCGUCGUCGUUUGGUUUGGUUCGCUUCGGUCGGGGUUCCUUUUUGUUCGGGAAAAAUCGAUAUUUUCUUGGUGGCACAGCGCAGCAUGAAAGGAUGACGGGCAGGGGGGAAUUUGGGGUCGAUGGGGAAUGUUUAAAUUGAGAUUUAUGAAGAUGGUGUCCCGGGUCCUGCGGAAUUGCGCGGGGAAGAAGGGUGAUGGGGCAUUUUGGGAGUAAAUUUUGCUUAACGUACAGUUCAAUCUCUUCGGAAUGGUGACGAUGAUGGUGGCGAUGAUGAUGAUGUGUCCUUUUUGCUGCAGGAUACUGUGGGCGGGUUUUGUUCGUAUAGAAAAGCAUCCGGUUACUGGGUGAGAAUGAUGCAGCAUUUUGAAUAGAGAUGGUGUAUUCUUUCAUGUGGCGAGAACUUCAUGGGAGAGAGCAUUUAAAGGCAAUGAUUGCUUUAUGGAGUUGUAGAUCCGAUGUCUUUAAAGGACCGUUCGAUUUAGUGAAAGGAAAUGAGUUCUGACAAAUAAUGUCAGAACAUGUUAUAAAAUUGAAACCAAUUGGAAAGAUACGUUCAACGCUGGAUGUUUGAAAAUGAAGUGUUCGAAUUGCAGUCGAAAUUUUGACCUCAGGUCCUAUCGUUGCGCUCUGCUCGCAACGAUCAGUAAAGGAUCCAACAGCCUAGUCAAUAUCUUCCAACUGACUGAAAUAACCAAAUGUCACCUCAGCGUAUCUUAAGGUGGUGCUGCCAAACGAGGGCAAGCUUCACGAGAUUAUCCUCCCAUGGUUUAGAAGGAAAAAGAUUAAAAGAUUAAGAUUAACAUCAUCCGAUUUUUUUUUUUUUAAGUCGCCCUCAAUCGAUCAUAAAUUGGUGCAAGUUUAUUACACCCAAGUGGCCAUGCAAUAUCCGGAACCAUUCCGGAGAUAUACCGGAUUGUGCUGAGGUCAGGAGGUGGGGAUAGGUUCUGUUUUGCCAAAUGGCUAAAAGUGAUUAUUUCGUGUGUUAUUGUGUUUGAGAGGGCCCCACGGAACCUAUUUCAGGUGUUCCGGAGCAGCCAUGUCAGUCACAGAGAAACAGAUGUAACAUUUACAACAAUUUAUAUUAAAAAUCAUCGUCAAUAAAUCGUAAUCGCCCAAUGCUAAUCAUGCCGUGUUUGGACAAGCCACCACUAGAUGGCGGUAGUGAGCAAACGUCAAACUGGAGCAAAAACGAUACCAGCGCCGCGACAGGUCAAUUGACCAACUACCGAAUAUUUGAAUCAACAAAGUUUGAUAAGUCGCACGGCAUGUUUUGGUUGCAAAUCAUGUUGUCACCUCCGUGGAACCUCUGCUAGAUAUUCCGGGGCUUUCGGGAUUGAUACAGACUUCUGGGUAUCUUUUCUGACUCAGUCAUUCGAAAUCAUGAAGUUUUAUAUGUCGCACGACAUGUUUUGGAUAAUAACCCGAAGUGUCCCCAAUGAGGCCCCCAUGGAACCAAUCACGGUGAUCCGGAUGAGUCAACUCAUUCAAGUUUGAUAUUCGUGGUUGUGUUUAAUUGUUCGCAAUGAAAGUUCUGCUGAAAAUCGAUGGUUCAAACACAACAACACACGAAAUAAUCAUGUUAAGCCAUUUCGGCACCCUUCCUGGCCCCAGCACAAUCCGAAAUAUCUCCGGAAAGGUUCGGGAUAUUGCAUGGCCACUUGGGUGUAAUAAACUUGCACCAAUUUAGGGCAACUUCAAAAAAAUCGGAUGAAAAUUGACGAAAUACCAGCAUUUUGAAAAUAAGUUGCCGGAUGCCGGGUAUGUGAAGGUUACGUAGCCGCCAUCUGAAAUUUGGAGCCGCCAUCUUGGAUUCUAGGUCGUCAUCUUGGAAAUUCUAGUUGUCAUUCUUGGACUCCAGACAUCUUCCCCAUAUCAAAUAUACCCAUAUGUCAUGGUUUUAGAGCCUAAAACACCAUUAAACAGCCGCCAUCUUGAAUUUGGAGCCAGCAUCUUGAAUAUUUGGCUGCCAUCUCAAUUUAGGACAGAAAUCAUGGAAUUUCUGGUUUCCAGUGUUGAUUUCCGCAUAAAAUUCGUCAACCAUGCUAAGGGUUAUGAUAAUCGCCGCAGUUCGAUGUAUCGCAUGAUGAGGCUUGGUUCAGUUUUAUAUACGACCGGUUCUACCGGUGCUGGUCCGGAUCACUGAAAUGGCCAUAACUCCAGAACGUUUCAACCGAUCCGGACCACUUUCAAUAGCAAACAAUGUGGUAAAAUUCCGAUUCGAUUCGAGCUAAAAUCUGAAAAAUCGACCAACGAGAAGUGCUUUUAAAGUGAGUGAACUAAUUUUGCGCACAGACAUACAUACAUACACACAUACAGACAUUAUCUUAAUUCGUCGAACUGAGAUGAUUGGUGUCCGGCCAUUUGGCCGAAUGCCGUUUGGCCGAAUGCCGUUUGGCCGAACGCCAUUUGGCCGAAUGCCAUCUGGCCGAAUGGUCGUUUGGCCGAAAGCCGUUUGGCCGAAUUAUGCUCAAAAGAAUUCAGAGGAAGUUUUUGACAUUCCAACUACCAAUAUGAUCAUUAGAAAUAUUUCCUUCUUUUAAUCAUAGGCUAUUCUUUCUAGUUUUGACAUUCAGGGAUUAGUUGGCGUUGAGUCUGUCAAUAUUUUAUCAAAGAUUUUUCCUUCUUUGAAUCAUAGGCUGUUCUUUCGAGUUAUGUUACGUUUAAGUUUGAUUUGGGCCCGUAUCACUAUUAUUUGUUCAAGAUAGAAUAAAAAAGUUAUAAGAAACUAUGAAAAACAACACAAAUGAGUUCACCAUCUCGCUCCGUGCAUUUUCGAGCGCUAACGGCCAAUUCGAAUCACCUCAAGCAAUUAUACCGACAAUCGCUCCAGUCCGACAACCAAACAGCUGUCAUUCGUAGUUUGCUUCCCACAGAGCGAACCGCACACACACAUUCUCGCUCAAGCCUUGGUCAGCGGGAGGCAAAAAGAAGUCCCGUUGGAGUGAACUGGCAAACGGCUCAUUUCGAACCGACCGCCAUCGUGAAAAGUGUGUUAAAAAGAACGCGCCGCGGGUGAAAAGUUUUUGGGUCCUACGGAGGUGGGCGCAACGAGAGCAUUUAAAAGGAAGGAUACCAUUUGCCAGCUCAGCAAGGGCGUUCCCGUUAAGAUAUAGAUUGCUCUCCACGUCAAAAGCACGUCCGCGAAAAGGACGCGCCGAGUCGCGCAGAACCACGUGCGCAGAUCCAUCAGGGAACCGGUGUGGUUAGGCCUGGCUGGGACCACAGGAAGCCGUGCUCCUCAGAGCAGUAGCAUCAAGAAAACGGUCGGGGUUCGACGAACCGACGCUUGCUGAUCCGGACGGAACAAGGCUCGCUCCACGAGGCGAUCGCAACGAGGUUAGGAUCGGCGUCCCAAAUCAGAUCCCAUCCGGUGAGUACUACCUGUCUAGCAAGAAGAAGGCCCUCAUAUUGAUUUUCGCCGUUAUGCUAGAUAUCAUCGUCCGGAAGCUGUGGCAGCAAAAGUAACACGUUCAGAAAGCGUACUUCCGUGAAGGAAACGGGCCUCCUCGACAGAGUUAGUUCCGUGGACUGAAUACUAGGCGGUCAAAAGUCGGCAUCCGUUGGCGGAGAGUACGCGGAGACACAAGCGCGUCCAGAAACGAGUCCUUUUGUGCUUUCCAGACAGGGCGACAGCGAUCGGAACGGCGGUGUAGGAGAGGACGUUUCUUGGAUCGGAGUCGUGACGGGGCGAAUGUUCAUCGGUGAGUACGACCCCGUUCGGAAAGGCGAAGUAUAAGCAAACUAAUCUUACAUUGCCCUCAGACAAAUCACGAGAGCGGUCAGAUCUGAGACGCAGUAAUCGUCAGUCGGAACACUGCACGAUCAUCGGCCACUGCCCGCCCGGACCUAGGCGGCGAAUCGGCACGAAAUCGGUCAAUACGGUACCUUCCGGGACGAGAUAGGAAGAUCCAUGGUCGCGUCAGCGUCAACCAAAUCAACGCAACGGAAAACCCCUUUUAAGGGGUUUUCUUAUUGACUGUCUUUCAGCUUCGACGCAACCGCGACAAACCGAGUUCGUACCUCUGGAUCGAUCGUCGGAUUCGAACGUCCAAAGCAGAUUCCGAACCUGGUCGGGCACCGGGGGUCAGCCUGAAAUCAGCAUGAGCGGACGAGCGACGGAUCGUCCCACUGCCGAAGGGGCGCGUAAAUUGUCGGGAUUCGAUGCGGCCAGAAGGUGCUAGUUCCGGUACCGUGAGUACCCUUCAUUAGACUUAAGCGAAAAUGAAUAUGUUUAGCACCUAAGAAAGUCAAUCAAAGGCCUUUGAGGGUAGGAAGUUUAGGAAGGAGGAGUACAAAGAUGUUUGGCAAUACAGAUUGUUAAAAUGAACUACACGUUUUGUGAUUUCGUUGGUGUCUUGGCCCUUUAGUGUCUGCUUUGUGUUUCGCUUCGGUAGUUUUCGCUCUGCCCCUACCGGGAAACUUGCAACACUGGCGCCCAACUGAAAAUCCACAUUUAAACUACCGUUUAGCGAUUUUUUGGUUUGUGAGCAAAAGUUUUUGGUUUUUGUGCUUUUUGGUUAUCCGGCCUACGAUAACCAAUAUAAUUUUAACCCUUACGCAUUAAGUUCGAAAUAAAAAUGGACUUUACCCAUUUGACUGAUGAAGAAGUAAACUACGAGUUGGCUUUACGCCACGUAGUAAACCUUGGACCCACUACACAUAGAGGCAAGGUUCUUCGCCUCAAGGCCUUAAUACAAGAAGAGUCCUUGAGAGAUAGUAAGCCUACUAGCUCAGACCAUGUCAUGAGCACACAAUCCAACCUAGAGCAAUGUGAAUCUCAAGUUCACCAGCUGCACAUUGGCGCAGAAGCGGCCAUCCGCACAGCCGAUAGCGUAGCUUUAAACCAAAUACGAACACGUCUUUACCACUAUCGUGAUCGAUUACUGUUGAUCCGUCCUCCAAACGAACUGCGGGAAACUCACGCAAUGCUGUCGGUGCAUGUCGACGUACUUCUAAAUAAAGUGAACGGGACAAGUGUAGUGAACGGUGUGCCAAGAGGUGAAAGUGUAGUUAGUCAAGCAACGUCAACUGGAGCCAUACGAAGGAACAACGGUGGAGAGGAAGGAGCAGUAGGUGGCGAAACGGACGCCACGAUUCCAGUGGGCGUCGCUUCCAGGCAAGAAACCACACCACCACCAGUGACGUCUUUCUCCGGUGGACAAGGACGAGGAUUGCUGUUCUCUAGUUCAUUCCGAGCGCUAGACAACGAAGAUGUAGGGGAGACACAGCCUAGACAACGAAACACCUCACCACCGCCUCCCUAUCUUCCCCGGGAGCGAGAAAUAUGGAACCGGCCAGUCCCAGAAGCACAGUCACGAGAAGUUCAGGAGCUGCAAGCGAGAAUAGCGGAAAUGCAGGAAAGAGAACAGCGGACGCGUGAAGAAAACUAUCGAAUGCGAGAGGACCUAGAGCGGCUAAUCCGGCGAGAUCGACCAGCACCGGAACGAGCGGACGAUCGCCGAAUACAGAAGGCGGUGCACAACUGGCCUUUCAAAUUUCGCGGCGAGAAGGACACAACAUCACUCAACGUGUUCCUAGAUCGCGUGGAGACAUUCGCGAGGUCGGAAGGCAUGAGCGAUGCCACACUCCUGAGUUCGAUCAAGCAUCUACUCCAGGAGGACGCAAUCGACUGGUACUCGCGAGCAACGUCGCAAAACCUGUUGCGCACUUGGGACCAGUUCAAGCGGGAGAUCAGAAGGGAAUUCCUGCCCAGCGGAUACUCCCAAAUUCUGCGUCUGGAAGCCAGCUUUCGAUUUCAAGGAAGGGAGGAAUCCUUUGCGAAGUUCUACCGAGACAUCUCAGCGCUUUUCCGCUUCGUCGAUCCACCAAUUCCAGACGACGAAAAGUUCUUCCUGGUGAAGAAGAACAUGAACGAGAACUACGCAGCCAUCGUCACAGCAGCGAGGCCUCGUUCACUGGAAGAAAUGGUGGAAGUCUGCACCGGAUACGACGAAACGAGAAUGCUUCUGAACAGGCAGCGCAGGAUUCCCAUUCCGCACAGCGCGCUUCUUGAACCGAACUUCGCUACGCCAGUAGUAACCAGCAGACCACCACCGAUUCAGCAUCACCAACAGCCACAGCGGUUCAACAGAGUUCACGCCGUGGAUGUAGAAGAAGGCGCAUUCGAGCACGAAGCAGCGGAGGAAGGACCAGAAGACAAUUGGCAGCACAACAUCGACGAGCUGGUGGAGCAAGUCAACGCGUUGAAGUUGAACAUUGAGCGGAGAUCUGCGAGACCAAGCUUUGCCGCACGCGACGAAAGGCAGACAAGGCCAACGGAUAGGUACAACCGGACAGAGGCUGACGUCCUGCGAGCAGCGCGGCAGUACACAAGAGAGGCGCAAACGCCGGCACGGCAGCAGCGGCCGCAAACCGCAUCGUACCAGACUCGGCUACCACAACAACAGCAAGAACAGCCGCAAAGAGCACAGGGCUGGCAUGCACGACAGGGGAUGCCAAGUUCGGAUCAGAGCGACAAUAACCGAAGAAGCCAACGUCUGCUGCCAGAACCAGCCAGACAACGGGAAGAUCGCCAAAUACAACAGGAAGAAGCUCCGAACGGCCAACGAAUAGCAAUGCUUUGCUGGAACUGCGACGAGGAGGGUCACAGAUUCAUGGACUGUCCGAAGCCGCAAGCCAUCCUAUUCUGCUACCGUUGUGGAAGGAAAGGCUACUCGCUGCGCAGUUGCUUCACGUGCCGCAUGGACGCGGUAAACUACCAAGCGGAGAACCAGCAGUAGAGGGGA